CCUGAGAUUGGCGGAGGUGAUUGCAGUGAUGGUGGGGGUGGUGGCGACGGUAGCGGCACUGGUGGUAACAGUGGAGAAGUAAAAGAGAACGAUGGAGAUGAAGAGUUCAAGGUUUUGUUGGAUUUUGAAGCGGUUAUGAAGGAAGCGGAAGCAUGUGGUGUGAAGCUUCCAUUGGAUAUGGUGGAGGCAGUGAAGACCAUCGGCAUUCGAAAAAAUUUCCUUCAACGUUACUUGGACUUACAUGGAUUGACUUGGUCAGUAUGGCUAUCGUGUGUGAUGAAGCACUGCUCUAUUAUGAGAAAUUGAAUGCUUGUUGACCCUCGUUUUCUAUUUAAAGUUGGAAUUAAGGCACGGCAUACUUUCCUUCAGGGAUGAUACUAAGCUCGAGAAAGGAGGACCUAUAUCAGCACGGCUUCUGCAAGCUAUUGAAGGAUCGCAGGUUCUAAUUGUGGUCUUCUCAAUGGACUAUGCUUCAUCCACAUGGUGCUUGCAAGAACUCGCGCAGAUAGCUGAUUGCAUUCAAAUACCGGGACACCGUGUUCUGCCUGUAUUCUAUAAUGUGAGUCCAUCUGAGGUCAGAAAGCAAAGUGGAAAUUAUGAAAAAGCCUUUAUGGAACAUGAAGAAAGAUUCAAAGAUGAUGCAGAGAUGAUGGAGCAAGUGCUAAGAUGGAGGGCAGCUCUAACACAAGUAGCCAAUCUCUCUGGCUGGGAUGUGAAGGAUAAGUCACAAUCUGCUGAGAUUGAAAAUAUUGUCAAAGUGGUAACAAGCAUUCUGAGUCCCAAACAAUCAUCAAGUGUAUCUAAUGAUAUAGUUGGGAUGCAUUCCCCUGUACAAGAAUUAGAAAAGCUUCUAGUUUUGGACUCAGAUGAUGAUGUUCGAGUUGUAGGGAUUUGUGGAAUGGGUGGCAUAGGAAAGUCAACUCUUGCCACCAUCUUAUAUGAAAAAAUCUCACAUCAAUAUGAUGCUUCAUGUUUUGUAGAUGAUGUAAGUAGAAUUUACGAAGGUUAUGGUCCACUUGGUGUACAAAAGCAACUUCUUUGUCAAGCUUUCAUGGAAGAAAAUUUUCCAACGUGCAAUCUUUCAUUGGCAAAUAAUCUGAUUCAAACUAGGUUACGGCAUAGAAAGGUUCUGAUAGUUCUUGAUAAUGUUGAUCAAGGGAUUCAAUUGGAGAAGUUGGCUAUAAAACCGGAACGGCUAGGCAGAGGAAGUAGAAUGAUCAUAGUUUCCAGAGAUGAGCAUAUAUUGAGAGAGUAUGGAGUGGACGACGUUUACAAAGUUAAACUCUUAAAUGAUGAGAAUGCUCUCUAAUUGUUUUGCAGAAAAGCUUUCAAAUGUAAUCAUGUUGCAAAAGAUUAUGAAAACCUGACAAAUUCUGUGUUAACAUAUGCUAAUGGACUUCCGUUAGCAAUUAGAGUAUUGGGCUCAUUUUUGUUUGGGCGAGAUGUCUCUGAGUGGAGUAGUGCAUUGGUUAGACUGAAAGAAAAUCCAACAAAAGAUAUCAUGGAUGUGCUACGAAUCAGUUUUGAUGGACUUGAGAAUAUGGAAAAAGAAAUAUUUCUUGAAAUUGCAUGUUUCUUUCACAAUGAGUUUGUAGGAUAUGUAAAGGAUAUUUUGAAUAUUCGAGGUUUUUAUGCUGAUAUUGGUAUAAGAAUUCUUAUUGAUAAAUC